CGCGAGACGAUGGAGAGGCUGCUUGACCCCGCCGUCGACUUUCCCGACCACUUUGUGCGGCUCGAGAAGGCGUUCAAGGCGCUCAACACGGUCUACACGUUCUGCUCGGCGCGCAAGAGCAUGGCGACGACGUUCGAGGUCCUCAAGGGCAGCGUCGAGAACCUCAUCAAGCGACCUCUCGAGAUGCACGACAUUGCGCAGAUCAAGUCGCUCUUGCCCGAGCUCGUCUCGUUUGCCUACAUCGACUCGGACGUCCUGCGCGUCCACACCUCAGCGGCCGCCUCGCCCUCGACCGAGUCGGACCCGCGCGCCGCCAAGCGCGAGAAGCGCCAGCGCGAGCUCGACGAGGCGUACCGCACGGCGGGCGCACGCGAGGAGGGGCGAGAAGGCGAGGGCAAGAAGAGCGGCGAGACGGUCCUCCUGUUCUCGUUCAACGACGGCGAGCUCAAGAGCCCAAGCGGCGCGGGCAAGAUCAUCAACAAGAAGUUCUCGUGCGCCACCUUUUCGACCGAGACGAUGACGUCGCUCAUCAACAAGCGCAACCUCAAGUUCCGCUCGGCCGUGUCGGACCUCCUCGUCGCGUGCUCGUCGCACAACCCGCCGCUCGACCCGGUCGAGCUCCUCCUCGAGGCGACCGAGGAGAACCUGCCCGUCCACCCGGACGAGCUCCUCACCGAGGAGGACAUGCGGUCCCGGGGCGUGCGCGAGCGCAAGGACGAGCUCGAGUUCCGCGAGCGCAACCCGGACUUGCGCCCGAGCAUGCGCAGCGUCGUCGAGGAGAUGGCGCGCGACCAGGACCUGUACAAGAACCAGAUCGUCGACGACGGGCACCGCACGUUCGAGGCGCGACAGGCCGUGUACGGUGAGCUCAACCACGAGAUCUCGCAAGGACUCGCCGACGCGCUCCUCAACACCAAGAACAUCCGCCCCGACCACCUGUACUCGCACCAAGCCGCCGCCAUCAACGCCCUGCACCCGUCGCCCGAGCACCCUCGAGGGCAGAACGUCAUCAUCUCGACGUCGACCUCGUCGGGCAAGUCGCUCAUCUACCAGCUCCCCGUCGUGCAGGCGCUCGAGGCCGACCCGGACACGACGGCGCUGUACGUGUUCCCGACCAAGGCGCUCGCGCAGGACCAGAAGCGCGCGCUCGGCGAGCUCGUCGGCGGCGUCGAGGGCCUCGAGGACGUCAAGAUUGCGACGUUCGACGGGGACACGCCCAGGGACGACCGUGACUACAUCCGCGAGAACGCCAACGUCAUCUUUACCAACCCGGACAUGCUCCACAUCACGAUCCUUCCGCAAGAAGAGCGCUGGCGCCGCUUCUUCCGCAAGCUCCGGUUCGUCGUCGUCGACGAGCUCCACAUCUACUCGGGCCUGUUCGGCUGCCACGUCGCGUUCGUCAUGCGCCGGCUGCGCCGGGUCUGCGCCGCGGUCGGCAACCGCCACGUCCGCUUCGUCUCGUGCUCGGCGACCAUCUCGAACCCGGUCGAGCACAUGCGCACCAUCUUUGGCGUCGACGACAUCGUCCUCGUCGACGAGGACGGCUCGCCGUGCGGGCAAAAGGAGUACCUUGUGUGGAACCCGCCGUACAUCGACGACCUCGACCCGAAGCAGGGCCGCAUUUCGACCAUCUUCGAGACGAGUCGGGUCUUCCGGUUCCUCAUGGAGCGCGGCAUCAGGGUCAUCGUCUUCUGCCGAGUCCGCAUGCAGUGCGAGAUCUUGAUGCGGCAGGUCCGCCAGGACCUCAUGCUCGACGGCCGCAGCGACAUGGCGGCGAGGGUCAUGUCGUACCGGUCGGGCUACAGCGCGCAAGACCGGCGCCGUAUCGAGCAGGAGAUGUUCUCGGGCCAGCUCCUCGGCGUCAUCGCGACGACGGCGCUCGAGCUCGGCAUCGACAUCGGCAGCCUCGACGCCGUCAUCACGGUCGGGUUCCCCUACACGCUCCCGGGCCUUCGACAGCAGGCGGGCCGAGCCGGUCGGCGCAACAAGGACUCGCUCGCCAUGCUCAUCUGCGACCCGUUCCCGCUCGACCAGCACUACGCCCGCAACCCGGACCUCAUCUUCUCGAGCCCGUUCCAGCAAAUGAGCCUCGACCUCGACAACCCGCUCGUGCUCGAGGGCCACAUCCAGUGCGCCGCCGACGAGAUCCCGCUCCACCCGGUCGAGGACGCCGCCUACUUCACCAAGGGCGACUCGGCGCGCCUGCGCGACAUCUGCCUCGAGCGCCUCGUCGGCGACGACGACGGCUUCUUCCACUGCCACCCGCGGUUCAAGCCCUACCCGGCGCGCACGGUCCCGAUCCGCAACACCGAGGACGAGCACUACUCGAUCAUCGACAUCACGCACGGCCGGCACGACGUCGUCGAGGAGGUCGAGACGAGUCGCGCCAUCUUUACGGCGUACGAGGGCGCCGUCUUCAUGCACAUGGGCCGCACGUUCCUCGUGCGCGGCGUCGACCACGACCGCAAGAUUGCCAAGAUCGAGGAGGCGACCAUCGAGUGGAGGACCCGGCAGCGCGACUACACGAACAUCGACCCGGUCGAGCCGUUGUCCAUCCGUGAGGUCGCAGGCGGCGCGACGACCGCCUCGUACGGCACGAUCAAGAUCGAGGCCGUCGUCUUUGGCUACUUCAAAGUCGACAAGCGCAACAACAUCCUCGACACGGUCGAGAUCCACGCGCCGCCGUACGUGCGGCACACGCACGGCCUGUGGAUCGAGAUCCCGCGCACGGCCCUCGAGAUCCUCCUCGUCAAGAACUUUCACCCUGCCGGCUCGAUCCACGCCGCCGAGCACGCCAUCAUGGGCCUCACGCCCGUGUUUGCCAUGUGCGCCGAGGGCGACGUGCGCACCGAGUGCAAGAACCCGGAGAAGGAGCUGUCGAGCGUGACGACGACGCGCAAGAGGCCCGCGCGGCUCAUCCUGUACGACACGGCGGGCAAGUCGGGCGGCAUCUGCGCCAAAGUGUUUGACCACGUGUCGGCCUGCUCACUCUCUCCUUACCCCACAGGUGUCGCUUCGCACAUCUGCUCUGGCGCCAACACGAUCGUGUCCAAGCUCGGCGCCCUCAUCGUCCUCGACGCCAUCCUCGGCCGCCCCAUCGACGUCGACUCGAUCCCGAUGCAGGACGCGCCAAAGGGCGUCACGCCCGGCGGGCCCGGCGCGACGAUCGACCUCGCCGCUGCGGGCGUCAGCCGAGACGUGAUCCGGGCGGCGCAGGCGCAGGCGGCGGGCGGCGCAGGAGGUCGAGGCCGAGGGACGAGGC